GGCUCUCUCAAUCCAUUUCCAACACAAACAAAAAACUUUCAAGUCACCAUGCCUUCAUACCGGAGCAUGGGUCCAACACACAUCGCCACCAACGUCACCACCGUCGAAUGCCACAAACAAGUCCGAUCAUGGCGGCUCCUCCGUGCCAUCAUGGAACUCCUCAUCCCCACCUGCAAUUGCACCUUCAUCCAAGAACAAUCCAAUAACCGCCACCACCAAACUACAACAAACCACCAACCACGGCCUAAAAAACCCACUCAUUCAAGAACCUCCUCCUCAUCUUCCUCUUCAUCAUCAUCAUCAUCAUCAUCUUCUUCAUCUUCAUCUUCAUCUAUUCUUACAGGAACCAUGUUUGGUUACAAAAAGGGUAAAGUGAAGUUCUGCAUUCAAUCAGACUCAAACUCAGAAACCCCAAUCCUCCUAUUAGAGUUAGCUGUCCCCACCAAAGUUUUAGCCCGGGAAAUGCGGGGCGGGUUGUUAAGGAUAGCCUUAGAAUCCUCCACCACCACCGCCACUCAUCCUCCGCCGUCGUCGUCGUCUUCCGCCCUACUAGAAAUGCCGGUGUGGAGAAUGUACUUCAACGGAAGAAGGGUGGGUUUCGCUGUACGACGGCGGCCGUCGACGGCGGACAUGGCGGUGUUGAAGAAUAUGAAGGAGGUGGAGGUGGGUGCCGGAGUUGUUAGUGGCAAAGAGAUCGGGUGUGAAGAAGAUGAUAUUAUGUAUUUGAGGGGGAAUUUUGAGAGUGUUCGUGGAUCGUCUGAUGCUCAAUCUUUUCACUUAAUUGAUCCUGAUGGUAAUAUCAAUCAAGAUCUUAGCAUCUUUUUUCUUCGUUCGAAAUGAUCGAUCUUGAACAGUUUUACGAGGGAGACCAAUAAAAAAAAUUAAGCAAAAUAAUAGUAUGAAAUUCAUACCGUUAUACUCAAAUUUUAAGGGACAACACUAAAAAUGCAUUACGGAAUUUUACUUCCCUUAAUCGGGCCCACCCAAGUAAAAACUGGCCCUUUGGUCAAAAUCGGACCCACCCAGGUCAAAAGAAAGAUACAAUCGUCGUCGCCGCUGCCGUCAUAGUCAAGUGAUAUCACCUCCUUUGGAAAUUCAGUACUCCAUGUUGUAUUUUGCAAAGUUUAAUUUGCAUGGGUUUUUUGUUGGGUUGUUGAAGGAGGAGGUUUUUUUACUUUUUUUUUGUUUGUCAAUAAUUUUCAUUGUUUUCUCCCAAUUUAGUUGGUUCUUUAGCAAAUUUCUCCUAGGUUUUUAGCCACUAAAAGAGAAUAACUUUUAGUAGUUGUCAUUUUUUUGGGGGAAAUUUGUAUGUGUAUUAACCAAAAGGGGUUGUAAUAAUUAUAUUGUUGGCCUUUUAUGUAUUAACAUGUAAAUUAAAUGGUUGAAUUUGCAUUUUGAAAGAUACUA